AUGAGAUUUUCGCACUUCUUGAAAUACAAUGCCGUCCCAGAAUGGCAGAGCCAUUAUAUGGACUAUAGUGAUCUGAAAAAUCUUAUCUAUACGUUACAGACGGAUGAGCUUCAGGCUGGCGAUAACGAAGAGGUAUCUGGUGCAGUAAAGAGCAGUAACAUCACAGGUAGGUUCAAGAAGAAAUUUCCCUUAAAGAAUGUCAAGGAAGAUGCGCCCUCCGGUAUGAACAAAGAUGCAGGCAUCGUUGAGGAAACCAUCGAGUUGCGAGAACUACCCACCGUUCAAACUGCUGUCAAGCCUUCGCCCUUCAGUAGGAUGAAGGAAAAGAUAUUUUACAAGAGGAGGUCUUCAUCCACAUCGUCAGUCUCCUCUACGGGCAACGAAAAUCUGCAGUUGAGCACCUAUGACACGUUCGUCGGUGAUUUAACAGCGGAGAAACUGAAAGUGGAUGAUUUCUACAAGAGAACAGAAGCGAAGUUCUACGAGAAAUUUGACGCGUUGGUGAAGGACUUGAAGAAAAUUGGUGUGAUAGAGUAUGAUGUUGACGAUGACACUCUCUUCAACGAACCGACUGCUAGCACAAAUGAUGAAGUACCUCCACUAGACCUGGAUGAUGAUGAAGAUGACGAUGAAUUCUACGAUGAUCAGUCUAAUAUUGAAGACAAUACGGCGUUGUUGCACCAUUCGCAAUAUAACAUCAAGUCUCAAAAAAAAUCGUUAUUGAAGAAGUCGAUCGUGAACCUGUAUAUCGAUCUGUGCCAAUUGAAGUCCUUCAUCGAACUGAACCGUAUAGGGUUUGCCAAAAUUACUAAAAAAUCAGACAAGGUUCUUCGCUUGAAUACAAGGGUUGAACUGAUCGAAUCGGAACAGUUCUUCAAGGACACAUAUGCAUUCCAGGCGGAAACUAUCGAACUACUGAACUCUAAGAUUUCACAGCUGGUGACUUUCUAUGCGCGUAUCACUGAACAACCUCAUAAUAUCCCGCAUAGCAAACAAGAGUUGAAAUCUUAUUUGCAUGACCACAUUGUCUGGGAAAGAAGCAACACUUGGAAAGAUAUGUUAGGGUUGUUAUCGCAAGCAGACGAGUUGACACCAAAGGAAACGGAAUAUAAUGCCAAUAAACUGGUAGGUAAGUUAGAUUUGGAAUAUUACAGGUGGCCACUUCCCAAGCCGAUAAACUUGAAAUUCACCACCAUAAAUAACUUUGCGAUACCAAAACUAUUUUUCACCAAUAAAGCGUACAAAAUCUACUUCAUCAUCUUAGUCACGGGGCUUCUUUUGGGAAUAAAGACAUUCAAUGACGCUGCUCAGCAUCGUUGCAUGGCCCUUGUCGAGUGUGUAGCCUUUUUGUGGGCUAGUGAAGCGAUCCCAUUACAUAUUACAGCAUUCCUUGUGCCGCUAUUAGUUGUUCUUUUUAAAGUCUUAAAGACUUCUGACGGGGCUAUAAUGGGAGCUGCAAAAGCAUCAUCGGAAAUUUUAGCCGCCAUGUGGUCUUCCACAAUUAUGAUUCUAUUGGCCGGUUUCACUCUGGGUGAGGUCCUCGCACAGUAUAAUAUUGCUAAAGUUCUUGCCUCGUGGUUGUUGGCCUUUGCUGGUUGUAAACCCAGAAAUGUCCUCUUGAUGGCGAUGUGUGUCGUGUUUUUCCUUUCAAUGUGGAUUUCUAACGUUGCUGCACCUGUUCUUACAUACUCGUUACUAUCUCCCCUAUUAGACGCCAUGGAUGCGGAUAGCCCAUUUGCUCAAGCCUUGGUUCUAGGUGUGGCACUAGCAGCAAAUAUUGGUGGUAUGUCUUCUCCAAUUUCCUCACCUCAAAAUAUCAUUUCCAUGUCAUAUUUGAAACCUUAUGGUAUUGGUUGGGGCCAAUUUUUUGCCGUGGCGUUGCCAUCUGGUAUCUUGGCCAUGCUUUUAGUUUGGAUUCUACUGUUCACCACUUUCAAAAUGAAUAAGACCAAACUUGAAAAGUUUAAGCCUAUAAAGACAAGGUUUACCAUAAAGCAGUAUUAUAUUAUUGCUGUCACCGUGGCUACUAUCUUGUUGUGGUGUGUGGAAAGCCAGAUUGAAGGCGCCUUCGGAUCAUCAGGUCAAAUCGCCAUCAUCCCCAUCGUUUUGUUUUUUGGUACUGGAUUACUAUCAACACAAGAUUUAAACGCGUUCCCAUGGUCAAUUGUUAUUCUGGCGAUGGGAGGUAUUGCUUUGGGGAAAGCUGUUUCUUCCUCAGGUUUACUAUCGACUAUUGCAAAAGCAUUACAGAAGAAAAUUGAGAAUGAUGGUGUUUUUGCCAUCUUAUGUAUUUUUGGUAUUUUGAUGUUGGUUGUGGGUACUUUCGUUUCACAUACUGUGUCUGCUAUUAUCAUCAUUCCGUUAGUGCAAGAAGUUGGUGAUAAGCUCGGUAACCCCAAAGCAGCUCCUAUCCUUGUUUUUGGUUGUGCACUACUGUCAUCCUGUGGUAUGGGUCUGGCAUCUUCCGGGUUCCCUAAUGUCACUGCUAUUUCUAAAGUUGAUAAGAAGGGUGACCGUUAUUUGAGCGUCAUGACUUUCUUGACGAGGGGUGUUCCAGCUUCCAUUUUAGCCUUUUUAUGUGUUAUUACUCUAGGUUAUGGUAUCAUGGCAUCUGUUAUCAAGGGUAAUGCUACCUCCGCAUAA